UUUUUCAAGUUUUUAAUGUCUCGUCUAGACAAGAUGGCAGCCUCCAUGGUCUAGUUUCCAAUGAAUAUAACAGUUCUGUUUGUAACGAUAUGAGUACAUCUUUAUUUAAUUAGACUAGAUCUAGAUCUGAUAUUAGUAAAAGAGUCUAAAACUUGAUUCCAGGUCAGCUCCUGUACAUCAUUGUUCAUCACUGUGGAUUUGACUGUCCAAUUGGAAGCACUAGAACCUUUUCUGAUUAUAUCUUCUCCGCCCCUGUUCUCGCCUUUUACAACUUUGUUUUUUGUUGACUUAUAAAUUUCAAAGCGAACAGGGAAAAAAAAACAAAACAAGAGACCUGUUUACCUGCUUUGAGCACCAUCUAAGACUCAGAUUCCAAGGUUUCCAAGAACUAGUGGACAUUGAACAAGUUCAGAUAUUGGGUCUACUUUAAUUCAGGACAGCAUAAAAUCUCAAGUUUGUUCUCUUUAAAAGCUGUUGGUGUUCUUAGAACAAGAAGAAAGUUGAGUUGCUUACCAGACCAAAAGAAAUGAGUGCUGCCAAAAUGGUGGCGGACUCCACCCAAUCAGAGUUGGCGGAUACGCUUGAUGGGAAAAAGAAAAAGAAAAAAAUUAAAAAGGCUAGUAAAAAGGUGUUGCUACCGGAAGAUGAGGACUCUGACCUUGACCUCAAAAAGGAUCUCAAGCCAAUCGUCACCUUUGUCAAAGACAGGCCAGCGAUGAUCCGAGAGAUGUUUCGAGCUGUCCGUGGUGCGAGCCUGCAGAGAGCUUUGCCUGAUCUUUUAAAGAGUAUUCCACUGGAUGAGCUAGAGCAGCUCUGCCUGGAGCAGCUUGAGGUGAUGUCAAAGAAACGCAUUCGACGCAUUCUGGCUGGGGAAGAAUCUUGCAACAUCUCUUCCUCUGGGACGGAGGACGAGACCAGUGAUGAGGAGUCGCCAGAUCAACCUUCUGAACAAACCAAUGAACCGCUGACAGAUCUGGAGAAUCAUCAAGCGGACUCCACCUCAGUGCGGCAAGAGUUAACAAGGAGUCAGAUGGAAGGAACAGCAGAGGACCAGCCCUCACUGUCUGUGGUCAAACAGGAGCCUCCAGACUCUGGAGAUGAGGUGGAGCCAGAGGAGGAAGAGGUACCAGAAACAUAUACAUCAGGUUCUGAAGAUGGAGAGCUGGUCAGAAAGGAAGACCAGUUGGAGGACAGCACUGAGGUGAAAGUCAAAGAGGAACCUCAAAGUGGGUCAGAGGAGGAGGAUGAAGAGGAUAUGGAGGAAGAUGACUUAGUGGCCUCCAUGCCUCUGGGAUCUGACGGAGUUUUGCCUUCAAUCAUGAUGGACCAGAUGGAGUUAUUGGAGCUAGAGAUGAGAGCCAGGGCCAUCAAGGCCAUGUUAAGUUCACAUGAUGAAGGAGACUGAUGUGUGUGUGAGAGAAAUGUGGGGAAAUAGAGUCUUCAUGAUAUCAACUAUUUGUGUGUGUGUGAGAAAUGUGGAAUGACAGAGACUUCAUGAUAAGGACUAUUUGUGUAUGUGUGUUUGUGUGAGAAAAUAGUUUGGUCUGGACCAUUAAUCAGGUUAAAUUUACUUAUAUAUAUCUAUUAGGUUAGUGUCAGAAAUGGCCAUUCAGGCCAUGCUAAAGUGAAUAUGCUGAUGGGCAUUGAAAUGUGUGUCUGAGAUGAUGAUGGUAAACAUUUCAAAGAGUUUUGACUUUUGUGGAUGGUGUGACAGUUUUUUUCAGUGGAGAUCACAAAGAUGUUAAUAAGUUGAUAAUUUUAGACUCUGACCAUUUUGUAGAAUGGUACGUCUGAAAGUUCAGGUUACGAUGUAGUGUCAUUGAAGAAUCCCAUUGAACUAGAGAUGCUCAAAAGUCAAUGUGGAAAGAUCAAGCUUACAUGAUAAGGAUUAUUUGUGUGUGUGUGUGUGUCAGGGCAAUGUUUAGCUUGAAAAAAAACUUUGCCUCAAGUUCUGAACUGUCAACAGACAAAUGUAAUUGGACAAAGUUGAUGUUUUGUUUGAUUGUAGCAUUAAGUCUUUUACAAACGACUCGUCAGAAAUAAUUUUCACAGUAACUCCAAACUUUAAAGUGCUUCAGUUGUUCAUGUACAAAUGUGCAAGGAAUUACAUUGAAUAUAAAAACAUAGGGGGACUAUUGAAAUACACAAAUACUAGUAUAGAUCUAAAACACAGCCAAAUGAAUUUAUAACCAUAGCAGAAUUUUUAGAAAAACUUUUUUUUUUCCAUGGAGGGGUUGGGGGGGGGGGGGAUUUACUUUAGAAAUUUCAGUUUUACAAAUCAUUUCUAUUUAUUUGAAUUAAAAGAAACAAUAUCCAACUCCUGGAUUAGAACUAUUUGACACCAUUUCUAAAUGACGGACAUAAUAGACUUGGAAGUAUUGUGUGUAUUAUAUUAGCAGCCUAAUUCGUUCAGUUCUGUUUAUAUAGUUGUAAGACACUUGCUCCAAGACAAUAGAAGUGAAGUGAGCUAGAUGUCAUUAAGUUGAAUGCCUUUCCAUAAGUUACCUGGGUUGCUGUUUUUUUUAAAGUUUCCAAACACAUUCAAUGGGACUUUCUGACAUGGAGUUGGUUUUGUAGAAUAUACUUUGAUUCUCUGGCAAUAUACUAAGGUUUAUCUUUGAGUACCAAGAUUAUGAAGGUGUGAAAUAUAGUUACACAGUCCUAUCUGUGGCAUUAGAGAUUGAUAAUUGCCUGUUCUUGGUCAUCUUUUUUUUAAAAACAUUGAUAUAUGACGUCACUUCUGAAGACAUGCAUGGUGGCAUUGGCAGUUUCUGGCUAGUAUUAAGUAUUUCAACCUAAAAUCUGGCACCUAUCUCAAAGUGUUUCAACUAUAAUUAAAGCUUAGGCUUUCAUCUCAGUUCUUUGAGGUGAUCCAUAGUUGCUUGGCCACUGAAUGAGGCCACACAAUCUUAUUGAAAUUAAAUGGAUGAUUUGAUCAUUAGAAAUAUUUUUUCUUUGAAUCAGAACUUGAAGUUUGUUUGAUCACCUGGAAUCUAGAUUGAAACAAACGGACAGAAAUAAACUAGUCAGUGUUGGCAGGGAGGGAGAGAGGGGAAACAAUUCUGGUUGAUACAAAUACAUUUCACCUGAUUAUUGAACUUAAGAGAAUGUCUGCAUUUCUAAUGGGUUUGACUUUGAAGACUGUGAUUGUCUACUAAUUCAGGACCACAAUCAGAGAUUUGACAAUUUUAUCAUUUGAUAACUUUAUAUUCUUAAUUUUGCAACAGUCUUUAUUCUAGUAUUUUUUUUACAUAUCCCAUUGUUAAUACUAAACAGUCAUUAUUAGUUGUUUAGUUUGGGUAAAUGUUUUUAAAGGGAAAUAACAACAAUAUUGACCUUAUUCAUGUUCUGAACUCUAGCCGUUUGGUUAUGUUUCCUUGUUGUCAUUGUAAAGCUGAUGCUUGUUUUUAUAUAAAACUAAUGUUUAUAUUUUCUGUAAACAAUAAACUUUGAUUAUAAACAUAA